AUGUCCAACGUAUCCAACGACCUCAUCUGGCUCGUCAUCCGUGACAACAACAAGUUCAUUGUCAAGCGCAAGACAGAGACCCAGCCCUUCAGCCGCGACCCUUAUGCAUUGACCAACAAGAACAAUGCUAAGCACUCUGGCCUUGCCAACACACGCGCUGUCGGUUUGCAGCCCGGCAAGAACGGCAAGGGUGUCACGCUCUUGACCAAGGGUAAGGCCGAGUCAGCCAACAGCCCCAAGAAGUCGCAAAUCACUGCCACUCUGCGUAGCUCGAGCGCCAAGGGUAUUUCCGAGAACGUCUACGGCGCGACCAUCAAGAAGGCUUACCGUGUCGACACCCGUUACGAGCAGCUUGGCCGUGCGUCUGCCAUCAUCAAGUCGCAGCAGCCAAAGAAGGAUGCCCCAGCCAAGAAGGUUCGUGGCGCCAAGGCUGUCGCUGCUUCUGCUUAG